AUCUUCGUACCACGACAGAUUACAUGAAUAGCGGCAGCACAAAACCAACAUGUACGCAGAUCCUGGUAGCUUCUUCCAUCGGAUUAAUCAUAGCAGCCGCCAUGCAUUUUCGCCUCAAAAAGAUACGGGAUCAGAGAAUUGUGCCCCGCAUCAAAAUUUCCGACACUGGCCAGGUUUUAAACAUCGAAAAAUUCUCUCACUACGUAGCUAGGCAGAUGGGGUUCACAGAUAGAAGAGAAUGCCCACACCUUUGCAAACUGGCUUCUGAAUACAUCAGAAAAUCCGAAGGAUGUGAAGAAGAUAUGUACGCGUUUUUCGCAAGUGAACCGGAUGUCGAUUCCCUCUUCAUUAAACUCGUCGAAGAGUUUGAGAGAUGCAUUCUCAGCUACUUUGCAUUCCACUGGGCACAUGCUUCCUAUAUGCUCAGCCAGGUACUGGGUGCUGAAAACGAGGCGAAAAAGAAGCUUAAGCACAUUGUCAUGGCAGCCACAAGAGAACAGAGAUUCGAGAGGGUGACAAAGAAUCUGAAGGUGGCUAGAGUAUUUACCACACUAGUGGAGGAGAUGAAAGCAAUCGGACUAGUAUCUCUCGACGAUUCACAGUGCACGAACGUGAUGGUGCCGAUGGCUCAUAAAGACAGAAGCCCGGUGCUCCUCCUCAUGGGUGGCGGCAUGGGAGCCGGCAAGAGUACUGUGCUCAAAGACAUUCUCAAAGAACCAUUCUGGGCUGGAGCAUCUGGAAACGCAGUCGUAAUAGAAGCAGAUGCGUUCAAAGAAUCUGACGUCAUUUACAGAGCUCUAAGCUCUAGGGGCCACCACGACAUGCUUCAAACUGCUGAACUGGUGCACCAAUCGUCUACAGAUGCAGCAUCGUCACUCCUAGUGACAGCACUGAACGAAGGGAGGGAUGUGAUAAUGGACGGGACCCUCUCGUGGGUCCCGUUUGUUGUCCAAACGAUAAAUAUGGCAAGAAAUGUCCACCGAAAAAGAUACCGCAUGGGGGCCGGUUACAAAGUGGACGAUGCAGGAGUCGUCACUGAAAACUACUGGGAACAAAUUGACGAGGAGCAAGAGCAGGACGGGACUAAGAAGCGAAGAGCUUACAGGAUAGAGUUGGUCGGAGUUGUCUGUGAUGCUUACUUAGCAGUAAUCCGAGGAAUAAGGAGAGCUAUAAUGUGUAGGCGAGCUGUAAGGGUGAACUCGCAGCUAAAAUCACACAAGAGAUUCGCAGAUGCAUUCACAACGUACUGCAACUUAGUAGACAAUGCUAGACUUUACAGCACCAAUGCAUUGGAAGGCCCUCCUAAGUUGAUAGGAUGGAAAGACAAGGACAAGACACUGUUGGUGGAUCCAGACGAAAUAAAGAUACUGAAAGUGGUGGGGAGGUUGAACGAAGAAGCGGGUUCGAUAUUCGAGCUGUACAAGAGGCCGCAUCCAGGUUUCGAAGCGGGGUCCGUUUGGAACGACAUAGUUUUGUCGCCUUCGAGGUUGAACAUUCAGAAAGAGCUCAAGUAUUCCAUUCAGAAAGUCGAGAGCUUCCGAGAAUGAAUCAUCUUUGGUGUCACCGACACUAUACAUCAUCUAUUAUGCCAGACACUCAAACUUUAGCAGCAAAAUCCCAUCAUGGAGAUUUUAGGCUACUAGUUUUUUUUCUCGUUUUUUUUUAAUGUAUCGAUGUUUUUGCUUUGUCCCCCUUCAGCCAAUGGAUAAUACUACAUAGCAAAAAAAGAUGAGCAAUCCCCUCUCACAUAUAUACUAAAAAGAACAAUACAA